AUGAGACUUCAAUUUGGCGAAAAAAUAUUCCCUUCGUCAAGCGAGAGCGACGAGACCGACCAAUCGGAUAAGUCGAUGCCGGCAAAUGAGCUGGAUGCCUCUAUUACAAAAGAGCCAAAACUAAUAAUGUCUCCGCAGUUCGUGUUCAAGCCAGCAAAAGGUCAGUGGAUUGCUUUUGACGUUGACGAUUGCUCUCGAGGUUCACUUCGACAACGAGACCUACUGUUUCGCUCAUCUUUAUCUCAGCAGCUCGUUGGAUUAACUCAAAGAACUGGAACUGUUACGGUUGAAGCACUUCAUUCGCAGAAGCAACGAACUGUGUGGAAUGUUGGAAUGUGGAAAAUCUGUGCUUGGAGAGCUGUUUGGCUUGGAGCUUGGAGAGCUGAGCUG